GUGCUACCCCAGGGCCCGGACAGGAGACUGAGGCCUCCCCGGCACUGGUGUGCUCACCAGGCUGUGCCCGAGUGCUCACUGUACUGUGCCAGGCUGGAAAAGGUUGGCGCACCGGGGCUCUGCCCCCAUCCCCUCCCUGAGAUGCAUGGCCUCUAAACACACAGACACGGCCACCAGCGCUGCAGCCUGCGGCUUCCCCAGGCCCUGGGGAGCUCUAGGAGAGGCUCUAGUCAUAUAUUUCCCAUGCCCUGCAAUCCUGCCUGCUGCAACAUACCCUGGAGCCUGCCUCUGGCCUGGGGCUCACACAGGCCUCUGCUGGCGCCAGGAGCCAGAACACGGAGACAUCACAGGGGAGCAGCCUCUGCUGACCCAUUCCUGGCUCCCGGCAAGCCUUGUGCCCCACGGGAACGGUGUUGGGCUGUGUGGGGACCAUGCCCUGCAGGCACGUUUCAAGCUCCCAUGGCAUCGAGCCCCACUGCUUUGUUUUCAGGAGCCCCCAGAAACUCAGACACAGCAACAAAGAGGCCCUUGGUGAGUUCAGUGGGCCAAGAUGGCUGGCUAUACGUGCAGGGGGCAGGGGGACCAAGCCAGGCAAGAAGCUGCGGGACUACCAGCACAGCACAGCCAUAGGCCUUGGUUGGAGGUAUGUGGCCAUGGCAUUCCUGGAAACUCUUCUCUCUUCCAGGGUCGGGGAAUGGUGGAACGUGGUAUCACUAGUCACCGGCAAGGAGUGUUCGGUCCCCAGCAGCCACGUGGCGAAGGUGUGGCACAGGUGGCUGUAUGAGGGCGUUAGCCGGGAGAAAGCCGAGGAGCUGCUGCUUCUGCCGUGCAACCACAGCGGUUCCUUCCUGAUCCGAGAAAGCCAGACCAGGCAAGGCUGCUACUCCUUGUCAGUCAGGCACACCAACCACUCUUCCUGGGACUCCGUCAAACACUAUCGCAUCAAUCGCCUGGAGAACGGCUGGCUCUACAUCGCCCCACGCCUCACCUUCCCCAGCCUGCAAGAGCUGGUGGACUAUUACUCCGAAAUUGGAGACGGGUUGUGCUGCCUCCUCAAGGAGCCGUGCUUCAUCCAAGGAGCAGUUCGAGUCCCAGCCCAGAACCUGGCCCUGCCUGUGGUUGUCAAGAAAUCGUCUCUCAACUGGGAGGAGCUUGACAGCUCGGCCCUGUUUUCAGAGGCUCCAGCCCCAGAAGGGGAGUCCCCUGUCAGCCUGGGCCUGCGGGAAGCCAUCAGCUCCUACCUCUUUCUGACGGAAGAGCUGCCCCCGGAGAAGGGCAGUCUGUGGAAGAGUGCCUGAGGGUGCCGUACCAGCACAUGGCGCCAGGGACCGUGGGGCUGCAGUCUCAGCCAACCAAGCUGCUUCCCCAGCCUCUGGACUUUUACCCUCCACCCCGCACACGCACCAUAUAAAUUAUUGGCCUGAAGCCAAGUAAUUUAUUGCAGCAGCGCUGCUCUGAGCUGUCCCCCCCAGCUGGCCUUGUCUCAUGUUUGAACCUGGCUGGUGGGUGGGGUGGUCCGGGUGCUUUGGACCUGACUCGGGCCCAUCUGAGCCUGGAUCCACCGCUCGCCACAAGGAACCCAGCGCCUGCUGCUCGGAGUCACUCUCACCUCCAGUGCUGGUAGCUUUGGCUGAGUAAGCUGCUGCCUGGGAAUCCCAGCACACAAGCAGCCUCUGAGGAUGCCUUACCAAGCCCAGUAGCCAGAAGGAAAGGACUUGCUAGAAAGAGGAGUUUGGGGUGAAUUAUAAUGUACAGAGGCCCUGUUAUGUGCUGUGUGUAAGAGAGUUCGAUGCCAGUGCACGUGACACUCUGACUGACUGGCCUUGCCUAACACUGAAUACAACAGACAGAGACAGGGCAGAAUCAGCCUGUGCCCCUCAGUCCAGACCUGCGUGCUCCAUACACAGCGCUGCCAACUGCAGGCUCAUGGCCCCUCCGAACACCAGCACCGGCCGGAGAGCUGGGGCCAUCGCCAACUGCAGACUCCCAUGUCUGACAUCAGCCUGUCAUCAUAGGCCUGCAGCAGAGAAAGCCAAGUUCCUCUCCACAAAGACAAACUAGCCUAAAGCCAGGCCAUGCAACCCUGUAAGACACUGGCCCGGUCCAAGCGGUUCGUAAAGUGCCAUGAGCCUGAGGCCAGGAAAUGGCUUCCAACUACUGGGCUGUAGCUGUCAACUGAAAUAAAAUGCAAAUAUUGAAUAACUGAGCUGUGUCCUGUGGCAAUGGCACCAGCACGCCCCCCCACCCGACAGAUCAUGGCCCCAGGACAGGACUUUCAUGCAGUUUAGCUCAUGUAAUGCAGCCUCUGCACAGCACAUUGGAUACGUUUCCAGAUUUCAUGCAAAAUCAGCAUGUAAAAAUUUGGCCUAUUAAAGUGGCUGAGGUUUGGGCCAGGUGCUCUAGGGGGCUGUGCAAAGCUCUCGCUCCGGACUCCCAGCAAGGGAGAGGGCGAGUCCCAGGCCUUUGCUGGAUGGCUGUCGGGGAGUUGGUCUCACCUUCGCAGCUUCCCUAGACCCUGCCUCAGUCUCCUGGGCUUUUCCUGCCGGGCUGGGACAAAAGAAAAUCCAACAGAGUUUUGAGACUAAUAAAUUUAGCAUCAAGAAUUGAGAAAACAGUAUUAGGCACGUCACGAGUGCUCCCUUAAACCAGGUAUGCCUCCAGCUUUUUGCUCCUACCUCAGCCAGUGCUGCCGCCCCCUAUACUGGGGCUUACGGAGCUCUCUUCGGGCUGGACGCUGAGCCAGGUCACAGUGUCAUGCCCUUGGGUGCAAUUAGGGCUGCCAACCUUCCCGGCUUGGCUGGGAGUCUCCAAGCAUCAGAAUCACUCUCCCGGUGGCUACUGACACCAAUCUGGGGGA